AUGUCGUUCAUCAACGUGUUCGCAGCAGCGACCCUGCUGGGGAUCAGCCUUACAUAUGCCGAGCAGCAGCCUCUUUUGCCAUCCUUUGGCCACAACAAGCUUGUUGACACGGAGCAACUGCAAUCUUACAUCAAGGGCGAGACAAUACGAAGUGGAUUGCCCAUUCUGUUGCUACCUAUGCUAGGUCGUUCGAUGGAUCCCCGGAGCGAACGAAGUUCGAGGCUGCUGGGAUCGGGAAGUAUGAAGAGACUGUCAAGUACCAUGGUGGGAAGUUGUUCAUCUAGAUGUCGAUCUACCGGUCUGGACUUCGAGCAACCGAGAGAGGCGCUAGCCGUGAGGCGCACCAAAUCACCUGAACCAUAG